AACACAGCCCUUUACGACCACAUAGUUUGUCUCCUGUCAAGGGUCAUUUUUUUGUGCAGUAUUUCCUUCUAAAGCUGCAAUGCAAUUGCAAAGGCGGUUCGUGGGCUCGCUCGUCUUCACCGUAAUCGUCAGCGGGCUGCUCCUUCCCCACGGAAACGGAAACUUCACGUGCCAGCGGGCCCAUGAAAAUGUUUACGAGGCAGACGGCUGCCCCAUCAAGAUCGUUCGCCAUCCAUCAAACAGCAAAUGUGUCUCCGUCCAGGUUUGGAUUCAACAUGGAGACUUGAGUCGAGCUCCCACAAUUGAAAUUGCAUCCUCGAGAAAAGAGAUCAUCAGGCCCGUCAUCACAUAUAAGAGAAAAAAGAAAAAGUGGCACGCCAAGAAGAACAGAAGUGAAAUCCAAGUGUGGUGUCCCGACAACUCUGACCUGCGUGGGCCAUAUAGCAACGACACUUUAACCUCAUGGGAGCUGCUUUGCGACUGUGUGGAGGCCAAGCUACGGCUUCCCGUCACUGUAUCCUACCACGCCGCGUCGAUACGCUGCAGUGUCAACUACACUCUACCGGAUCCUGUGCCCAGCUUCUUUUUGUCUGUACAUCAUGCAUCCAAAUCCAUCAACAUCACUGUGGAGUCGGAGAAUAAAGUCAACACGAGGUGGUGCUACAAGCAGAGUGCUCACAAUUGCGUCCAAGGCUCGAAUUUAAUCAUCAUUGAUCCAGCUCAGUCUCGCUCUGCACUUCUCAAGAUCCCGUACAUGCUUCCGUGCCUCUGCAUACAAGUUUUUUACACCCACGCAGACGCCCCACGCAAAACGGUGUGCCCUCUACAACACAUCCCUCUGCCAGAUGCGGAAAAUGUGUGGCUGUCCUCCGAGAUCACACCGUACGAGUCCACUUUGACUUGGCGCUCCGUGUGUCCCGCCCAAGCCUUCCCCGUAUUUGCUUCCCUCUGCUGGAAGCAUCACGAACACAUCUGCACCCCCUUGCCCAACUCCACCCUUGACGUGCAGGAAGACGGCACAAACCUGAUAUUUAACAUCUCAGCUGUGGACAAACACCCGCAGAUGUGCGUGAAGUUUUCCCUGCAAGGCAGCCACAACAUCUCUUGCCCCUUCCAGGCUGAUAUGCCAUCUUGGCAUGUUUCUCUGGAAGCUGGACUGCGUACGCUGUCUGUGUUCGUCAAGUCUUCCGCAGCGGCCACCUUCUCGGCUCAAAUGUGCGUGCUGAGCCAGAGGGAAUGCACAUCCCGAGGGCCCGUCUGCGCAGUGGCGGUGGAAGCAGCGUCUGAGAGCAAAGUAAGCAUGCCUCUCCACUGGGCUGCGGGGAGCGCGUGUGUGCAGGUGUGGCAGUCAUUCCCCGCCCAAACUGGACGAAGAAUUCUGUGUCCACACGAAACUCGUGACAGAUGGGGGGCGCUAGCGGCAGCAGCUUUGAUUCUUCUCACCGUGCUUGCAUUUUUAGCCAUUUUUCUCCACUCUCUCAAGAAAAAGGCAGCUAUAGCUUGGCUGUUCAUCCAGAAGCCAGUGUUGCUGGUGUGCUCGUCAGAGAGGUCGUCGCACGUUUCGGCCGUGUGCGCCUUGGCUUCCCUGCUUCGGGGGGAUCUAAGCGCCACGGUCCAUGUGGCCCUGUGCGCCGCAAGCUCGCAGAUGCGGGCGGAAGCUGGCGCCGAGACCAGCGUGGCCGACUUGGGCCCGCUGCCAUGGCUGUACGGGCAGUGGGAGGCUGUGCAGGAGGCGCAAGGAAAAGUCUUAAUAAUCUGGAGUCCCGAGGCCAAAAGGACGUACGGCAAAUGGAGGCAGCGUACGCGUGGCGGCAAAGACGAGGCUGGCGACAAUUCCCAACACGAUGCCGGACGACCGGGAAUGCUUGAGGAAGGUGGGGCCGGAACGUGCGAGGACAAAGAACGGCUGAUGGAGGACCAACGCUCAGUCGUCAUCGAACCUGUGUUUGCGGCUGCUCUAGCCUGUCUGGAGGGCGCCCUGCACCGGCGCAAAGAAGGAGGCGUGGCCUUGGUCUACUUUCGUGGCCUGUGCCGCAGCAGGGACAUCCCUGAAGCCUUUCGAGACAUCCCUCGCUACUGCAUGCCGCGGGACUUGGGAGGGCUCAUUGGGGAGCUCGAAGGCCCCAGGGCAACUAAUAAGACCUUUUGGGGGCGUUGUUGGGGUAGACUGCUUUCAAAGGGGACGUCAGUGUGGCUGGCGAUGCAGUUGGCCCGCCGGCUGCAGACGCUGCUGCCUAAUGUGCGAAGGACAAAAGGCCCAAGGUGAUGAGUCUCAUCAGUCAGGAAAAAAAAACUGGAUACAAUGCGGGGAAGAUCUUGC